CGGAUACCGAAUCGGAGGCCGAAGUCGCCGCGAUGACUGUGAUGGGAGAAGCGGCAAACAUCGACAUCACCGAAUCCCUACCGAACCCCGACGACGGCGAAACCGCGUUUGCAGAGGUGACAGCCGUCACUGUUGGGGACGUCCAGAGUUCAGAUGUCUUCACCUCCACAGCAGCGUCCAUCCCUGAACACGUGCUCACUGGCAGAACCACGCUUCAGAUCGGAGACAGUCUGAGUACCCAGAAGGCCACACUGAUCGUGGUGCACACGGAUGGGAGCAUCGUAGACGCCACAGCGCUGAAGGGCACCGCGACACCGAUGACACCUGGCACUCAAACCCCGAGCACCCCUCUGACGUCUGGACGCGAUAAGGACGUCUCUAAGUACAACUGGGAUCCGUCGGUUUAUGAGAACGAGCUUCCGGUUCGCUGCAGGAACACCAGCGGGAUUCUGUACAAAAACAGACUGGGCUCAGGGGGCAAAGGGCGCUGUAUAAAACACAACAAUAACUGGUACACCCCGACUGAGUUUGAGGGUAUGUCAGGGAGAGCGAGCAGCAAAGACUGGAAGAGAAGCAUCCGCUAUGCUGGCCGACCUCUGCAGUGUCUCAUUCAGGAGCGUAUCCUGAACCCUCACGCAGCGUCCUGUACGUGUGCGGCCUGCUGUGAUGAUCUGUCAACAUAUGAAUACCCAGUGUUGACCACACUUCCUGCGCUGGCGGUGGUCCCUCAGCAGGCCGUGGUGCAGUCUAAACCCUCUCCGUCAGGGCCGAUCAUGAACGGGCUGGAGACGGCCGAGCAGCGCACGUGGCUUUACCUGGAGGAGAUGGCCAAUACGCUGCUCAACAACGUCCAGCAACUCAAAGUCCUUAUCGCACAGGCCAAACAAGCCAGUCAGAGCGGAGCGCAUGGCGCCAUCAGCCCAGAGAAAAGCAGUAGCGUCAGAAAAGAGUCCUUUCAGAGUCAGUUGUCACUCAGUGAAGAACCUGAGGGGAAAAUCACUGAAAUUAUCAUCAAGCACACGUGUGUGAACUGCGGUCGAGAGGCGUCCAGUGAGUGUGCGGGCUGCCAUAAAGUCCAUUACUGCUCUGGCUUCUGUCAGCGAAAAGACUGGAAGGAGCAUCAGCUGAGCUGCUGUCCACCGGGCACGACUGUCAGCAUUCAGGAAGACGCUUAGAUGGCCGGUGUGGAGGUGGAGAAAGGGAAGGCCUAGCACUCUCACCGCAGGACCGUGACGUAUGAAAUCUAGAUGGGUGAUCACUUCCGUUCAUGUGUUUUAGUUUAGCUAUAAAGCCUCGUGGUAGCAGCCCCCUUACACACUGUGACAUGGAUGACGUCUGUACUUUCUGUACCAUUUCACCAUCUCACUAUGGAUUUUGUAUGUGAAGAUAAUCCUUAAAGCGGUAGCUCACCAAAAAUCAUUUACUCACCCUUAUGUUUUUCCAAGACUGUACUUUUUGAACACAAUGCGUUGUGUUCAAGCUCACAAUUUCCUUAAAGUGAAGACAUAAAAUUAACAGUUUUAAGCUCCUAAAAGGAAAAAUAAAAAUGCUAAAGUAAUCCAUGUGACCUGAAAUUUAAGAUAAUCACUCCGUUGUAGCUCUCAAAUCUAUGAAAGCUUGUUUCCUCCACAAGAAAAAUAAAAUAAAAUGGGU